GAUAUAUGAUUGUGGUCUGAAGGAUUUAUAGGGGGGCAUUGGGUGGUGACGGCAAAGGGUAGGGAACACAUCUGAAAAUUGUAACUGUGUUCGCAGGCUGUGUCUGUGCAAAUAAGUAACACUCACUGUUCCAACAAGCAUCACUGGCCAAUACACACUAUAGUGUGUGGGCUGAUUCCUGGCACUUCCAGCUGUUUCAUACCGAGUAUCAGUCUCUGCUUUUCUCUUCAGUAAUGCGCAAGCUAACCUACCCUUUCUUCUCUCGUGGCCCCCUCCUGCCCCUUGGCAGGGGCUCCAGGCUGGCUGCAGUACUCUUUAAUCCAUGGAAAAGUUUGCUGGCAGUGAGGGCAGUAGCGAGUGUGGUGUCCGGAGUGAAAACUUCCACACAAGUCAGGGAACGACUGAAGAAUGAAGUGAAACUGAUGAAGGAGCAAGUCCCAGGAUUUCGGCCUGGCUUGGCUAUUCUGCAAGUUGGAGACAGGGAUGAUUCGAACCUGUACAUCAGUAUGAAACUGAAAGCAGCUGCUGAGAUUGGAAUGAAUGCCAACCACAUGAAGAUGCCAAAAACUGCCACUGAAGAUGAGGUGCUGAGUAGCAUCACUCACAUUAACGAAGACCCUAGUGUGCAUGGACUCAUUGUACAGCUCCCGCUGGACUCCAUUAAUCCAAUCGAUGUUGAGAAAGUAACAAAUGCUGUUGCCCCUGAAAAGGAUGUUGAUGGAUUAACAAGCAUCAAUGCGGGGAAGCUGGCUCGAGGAGACCUAAACGACUGCUUCAUCCCCUGUACUCCCAAAGGCUGCCUGGAGCUGAUCAAACAGACUGGUGUGAAGAUACCCGGCUCCCAGGCAGUUGUUAUUGGGAGGAGCAAGAUUGUUGGCGCUCCCAUGCGUGACCUGCUGGUGUCGAGCAAUGCCACAGUGACCACCUGCCAUUCUAAGACAGCAGACCUCCAGGGUGAGGUUGGCCGAGCAGACAUCCUGGUAGUUGGAGCUGGCAAAGCAGAAAUGGUGAAAGGCAGCUGGAUCAAACCUGGAGCUGUGGUCAUCGACUGUGGAAUAAACCAUGUUCCUGACAGCACAAAGCCAAGUGGAAAGCGAGUGGUUGGUGACGUGGACUACAGUGAGGCCAAGAAGGUGGCUUCGUUCAUUACCCCAGUGCCUGGUGGUGUGGGGCCAAUGACUGUCUGUAUGCUUAUGGCGAACACCGUUGAGAGUGCCAAACGUUUCCUGGAGAAAUGCAAGCCUGGCAAGUGGGCCAUUCAGUACACGAAGCUUCGUCGUGUGGAGCCUGUGCCCAGUGACAUUGUCAUCUCACGAUCUUGUACACCAAAGCAUAUCAGCCGUGUGGCUAAGGAAGUUGGCUUGUUAUCCGAUGAAGUGGAACUGUACGGCAAGUCAAAGGCAAAGGUACUUCUGACCACUCUGAAACGCCUAAAGGACCAACCAGAUGGGAAAUAUGUUGUUGUCACAGGCAUCACCCCGACUCCCCUAGGUGAAGGCAAGAGCACAACGACGAUUGGCCUGGCCCAAGCCAUCGGUGCUCACUUGGAUAUUAAUGUGUUCGCCUGUGUCCGACAACCAUCCCAGGGCCCCACCUUUGGAAUUAAAGGUGGUGCUGCUGGCGGAGGAUAUUCCCAGGUCAUCCCAAUGGAAGAGUUCAAUCUUCAUCUGACUGGUGACAUCCAUGCCAUCACUGCCGCUAACAACCUGGUUGCUGCUGCCAUCGAUGCCCGCAUGUUCCAUGAGGCUACUCAGUCUGACAAGGCUUUGUAUAACCGUUUGGUCCCUUUGAAUAAAGGUGUAAAGGCAUUCAGUGACAUACAGCUGAAGAGAUUGCAGAAACUUGGAAUUAACAAAACUGAUCCUACUGCGCUGACUGACGACGAGAUAAAUCGCUUUGUGAGGCUGGACAUUGAACAAGAUUCUAUCACCUGGCAACGAGUAAUAGACACCAAUGACAGAUUUCUGAGGAAGAUUACAAUCGGCCAGUCCCCCACUGAGAAGGGAUUCACCAGAACAGCGCAGUUUGACAUUACAGUGGCAAGCGAGAUCAUGGCUGUAUUGGCACUGACAGAUGGAUUAAAGGACAUGCGGGAACGGUUGGGAAAUAUGGUUGUUGCUUCCAGUAAGAAAGGAGAACCAGUCACCACGGACGAUUUGGGCAUCAGUGGAGCCCUUGCUGUGCUAAUGAAAGACGCCAUUAAACCCAACCUCAUGCAGACAUUGGAGGGGACUCCAGUGUUUGUCCACGCAGGACCUUUCGCCAACAUUGCACAUGGAAACUCCUCAGUUCUGGCAGACAAAAUAGCAUUAAAGCUGGUUGGGCCCAGUGGCUUUGUAGUGACGGAGGCGGGAUUUGGAGCGGACAUCGGAAUGGAGAAGUUCUUCAACAUUAAGUGCAGGUACUCAGGUCUACGUCCCCACGUGGUGGUGCUGGUUGCUACAGUACGAGCUCUGAAGAUGCACGGCGGUGGCCCCACUGUGACAGCCGGUGUCCCCUUGCCUAAGGAAUAUACUGAAGAGAACCUGGACCUGCUGGCGAAGGGCUGCAGUAACCUUCGGAAACAGAUCGAGAACGCAAACUCAUUCGGGGUCGCAGUGGUAGUGGCAGUCAAUGCCUUCAAGUCAGACAGCAAGGCUGAGCUGGAGUUAGUCUGCAGUAUGGCCAAGGAAGUGGGCGCAUUUGAUGCAGUGACGUGCACUCACUGGGCUGAAGGAGGGCUGGGAGCCGUUGAGUUGGCAAAGGCUGUGCAGAGGGCUUCGGAGUUGCACAGUGACUUCAAAUUCCUCUAUGAUUUAGAACUGCCUAUUGUGGACAAAAUCCGUACUAUAGCCCAGAGGAUCUACGGUGCUGCAGAUGUGGAGCUCAGUCCUGAAGCACAGCAUAAGGUGGAGGUUUACACCAAGCAGGGAUUUGCCGGCCUUCCUAUCUGCAUGGCCAAGACUCACCUGUCGUUGUCCCAUGAGCCAGAGAAGAAGGGAGCACCAACUGGGUUUGUUCUGCCAAUCCGGGAUAUCAGGGCAAGCGUUGGUGCUGGGUUCCUCUACCCACUGGUGGGCACUAUGAGCACCAUGCCAGGACUGCCAACCCGACCCUGCUUUUAUGACAUUGAUUUGGACCCUGAGACUCAAGAAGUGAACGGACUCUUCUAACUGCAGACCACAGUGAAAGUGUACAAAAAAUUGGAGAGUCCUCCAGCAGAUCCGGAAUGCAGCUGAUUUCAUUUCCAAACUCCUGUUUACAAACAACACACAGUGCCAGGGAUUGCCUUCCAUCCUGCUUCUAGAUCCACAGUCAACCACAAUAACAGAACUUCUGAAUCAUGAGCUGACAAUCAAUAAAAGUUCACUCGCAUGCUCUAAUUUUCUAUCAGAAUAAAAGAUUGAUUU